AGCUACAGCUGUGACUGACUACUACGAUGACUAUGUAACUGGAAUAAGUUACGACUUCAUUCCUUAAAUUUGCACAAAUUCAAGGAAAGAUUCCAAGAUUAGUACACAUCAGCUAAUUAUUAAGAAUUUGUGAAUAGAGCUGCUCUAAAUAUCACAAAUACAGAGGAAAGAUAAGUAAGAUAUAUAAAUUAUUAAGGACAUAGGCCACAAUUAGUCAAAUCAGUUGAGAAUGUAUUUGAUAAUUUGUCUAGUAUGCAGUGAGGGCAAUUCCCAAGAAGAUAAAAUGCUGCAAGUUUUAUACCUUUAAAUUAUAUCUGAGCCCAUAAAUGGUAAAAUGCAACUUACAGGAGAUCCCAUGAAACCCGAAUUAAGGAAAAAAAUCCAUAACUUAUAAUUUUUACUUAAAUUCAAUAGGGAAGGAUUCUAUGACAACCAACUGAAGAAAAACCUCCGAAGAAUUCUUAAUUAACCAUCGAUCAAAUAAAGUGAAAAUUUGCAAUUUCACUGAUUUCUUUCCAUCUUCAUUUACAUUGAACUUCCGGGCCACAAAUACAUUUAGAAAACCGUCCUGGAAAGUAUUGUUGGCCGGUCAGAUUUACUUAAAAAUAAAAAAAUCAACAUUUAAAAAUAUCGCAUCAACUACUAUUUAAAAAUAAUUAAUUAUGAACGGGCGACAAAUAUAUUAUUUAAAUAAGAAAUUAGAAGUAAUACAAAAAUACAUAUUAAUGACAAACAUUUACUACACACAACUGUUAUUCUCAUGCGAAUGUUAUCAUGAACAAUCACACGAACAAUGAACAUUGUUAAGUGUUAUUUAAGACAACUGCAGAUAAGUCAGGUCGUACUUGUGUUACUAGUUCACAACACCUCCAGAGCAAUUUAGUCAGCUGAAGCCAACUUAUGUGUGACAUUUUAUUCACUAAUCUUGGAUAAAUAUCUAAAUAAAUUUGAUCAGAA